AAGUCAUCUCGCUGCAAGCGAUGCCGAUGACAUCGCCUCCACCCAGGCAAGGACGUUGGACGACUGUUCGCAGAAUGUGUGCAUGCUGCGAACAUUCACUGCUAAAAGCCAGACCUUCCACAAAGUAACCGCCGCAUGUGUGCGGUCUCACCCUGCGAGCACAGGUGUCACGAUGUACUGCAGCUGUAUACCGCGUCGUCGCACACGAUGGGGUCGCUUGAUGGGUACCAUCUGUCGUGUGCUUCCCGCGGCCGAAUACUCCGGCGAGGGGCAACGAUUCAGAAACCAGAUCCUACUACCAGCCUUACUGGGGAACGAUAGUCCGGAAGCAUUGGCCCUCAUGGAUGGGUCUCGGAUCUCACCGCCCACUUUCACGCGAGACGAAUCGACUAUGCAGACAUGCUGUAUUGGUGGCAAUCAUCAUCAGAACCAGCGACAUAAGCCAGAUGCGCCUACCCUUUAGUCUUCUUGACAUGACGUUUGGCGGAUGAAGGACAAGUCUGUCUGUAGCAUGGGCCGGAACACGGAGACGGGCCAACGUGGCGCUGCGGCCGAGGGAAGGCCCGCACGGUUGCCGCUGGCAAGGAUCGUGAGAGGCUUGGCACACGCAGAUCGUUGUAUAGCGCGGCGCGUAAGCCGGAAACGCGAGUGGUUACUUUAGCCACUUCCCUCAUCGAUGC